AUGGGUGAUGAAAGUGAAAUAAUCGAAAGUGACGUGGGAAAGCGAGACGAAAUUGUGAAGGAAGGCAAAUCGAAGUCCAGUGCUCGUAGGAGGAACAGACGCAAGGAAAAUGCCGCAAGUACAGGUGGAAACGAUACCAUCGCGCGGAAGGGCGAAGGGGACGAUGAAAACUGCCCCGAGCAUAUUUCCGACGAAAACGCGCAGACUGGAGUCAAUGUUUCCAUGCGCGACAUUCGGAAAGCGAUUGAGGUUAUGACGUUCGUGCCGGCUUUCAAACAAGCGAAAACUCCGGAAGAAGCAUUGCAAAAGCAAUACCAAUUCUGGAACACGCAACCCGUCCCAAAAAUGGACGAAAAAAUCACUUGCAACGAGCCCAUCGAACCCGAUAAAGCGAUCGAGGAGAUUCGCCAGGAACCGUACUCCCUCCCGGACGGCUUCAAGUGGGACACGCUCAACUUGAACGAGCCCUUGGUGCUGAAGGAGCUGUAUGUGCUGUUGAACGAGAACUAUGUGGAGGACGACGAUUCAAUGUUUCGUUUCGACUACCCGCCUGACUUUUUGAAAUGGGCACUGCAGCCUCCUGGAUGGAAACGUGAGUGGCACUGCGGCGUUCGCGUGAUCAAAAGCAACCGGCUAGUGGGCUUCAUCAGUGCCAUACCAGCCACUCUACGCGUGUACGACUUGGCUCGCCGAAUGGUAGAAAUCAACUUCCUGUGCGUGCACAAGAAGCUGCGUUCGAAACGGGUCGCGCCUGUCCUCAUCCGCGAGAUCACACGUCGUGUGAACCUGACAGGCGUGUUCCAGGCGGUGUACACGGCCGGAGUGGUGCUGCCCAAACCCGUGGGCACCUGCAGGUACUGGCACCGCUCGCUCAACCCCAAGAAGCUCAUCGAGGUCAAGUUCUCGCACCUCACGCGCAACAUGACGAUGCAGCGAACCAUGAAGCUGUACAAACUGCCGGACGCCACCAAGACGCCCGGUUUCCGGAAGAUGACUCCCGCCGACUUGCCGCGGGCGCAGAAACUUCUUGACGAAUAUCUCAAGAGAUUCGACUUGGCGCCUGUGUUUUCGAACGAAGACUUUCGCCACUGGUUCUUGCCCCGUUCUGGCGUAGUGGAUAGUUUUGUAGUGGAUGACGGCAGUGAACUGACGGAUUUUGUGAGCUAUUAUACCCUUCCGUCUACAGUCAUGCACCAUCCGAUUCAUAAAACGUUGAAAGCUGCUUAUGCGUUCUAUAAUGUUGCUUCAAAAACGAGUUGGUUGGACCUGAUGACGGAUGCACUGAUAUCUGCUAAAAAUGAUGGGUUUGAUGUGUUUAAUGCUUUGGACUUAAUGGAGAAUAAAGAGUUUCUUGUAAAACUAAAAUUUGGAAUUGGUGACGGCAAUCUUCAAUAUUAUCUGUACAAUUGGAGGUGUCCUUCGAUGCCACCCCAUAAAAUUGGACUGGUCUUACAGUAA